ACAUGAGCUCUACCUUCACCAUCUCCCUCCCUCUCCUCUUCUCCAUCAAUUUGCUCAUCGGCAUCUCUCACAUCAGUGAAGCGGCACCUAAUUUUAUCGACAACUAUUGCCCUAACACCAAACCCUUCCUUCCUAAUUCCACCUACCAAAAUAGCCUCAAUGAACUCCUCCCAUCACUUUCCUCCGCUGCCGAUUCCGCCAGCAACAACAUCAGCAGCAGUGGCCACCGCUGGCGAAUACCCACCUGACCAGACCUACGGAUCUUCCUCUGCCGUGGUGACAUCGACGCCCCGACAUGCAGCAACUGCGUAGCCAAGGCAGCCCAAGAUAUUGGCCGGCGAUGCCCUGGCAAAAGAAUCUCCAUCAUCUGGGGAACGGUUGGAACGUCACAGAGGACCCAUCUCGGUUCUUUCAACUCCUGAAUGAAACCAUGGACGAUGUACUGCGGAGGGCCCCGAGCAGUGGAUCAGGGAAGAAAGUGGCCGCCGCAGAGGCUGAGCUCGUGGGCUCGCAACGGCUGUACACGCUCGCGGAGUGCACGCCCGAUUUGACCGCAUCGGACUGCGGCACAUGCCUUCGGUCGGCGAUAGCUCGUCUCCCUCCGGAAACGCCAGGAGGAAAGGUAUUUACUCCGAGCUGCAACGUGAGGUUUGAGGUCUACUCCUUUUACGACCCCGACUUGGUGACUGUGGUGACGGUGGCAGCGCCACCACCGGUCCGGCUUCUUUCUCCUCCUGCUCAGGUGACUGCACCUGAAGGUACCUGGUUUUGUUUUCUCUGGCUUUUUAUUAUUAUUUCCCACUCUGUCCCCUGA